AGAAUGAAAGAUUCGCCUUUCGUUGAUAACGGUGGUGUACGGGGAGAAAUCGCAUUUUCCAACCGAGAAUAGAUCCAAUUUGAGGGAAAUCGGGCGUCUUCAGGACAUAUGUUGAUUGAUCCAGUUGACUGAAGAACGUUCGAUUUUUGUCCUUUCCGACAUGAUCAGCAGCUGUUAGGGGACAAAACACCAGUUAAGAGACAUCCAGUGUCACAACUUUAGCUGUAUUCCUCUAAAUACAGCCGUGCGACAUGGAUUCAGGAGGGGAGGUGAUUCCCAUUUGGCAGAAUAAGCCACAUGGAUCAACUCGAAGUGUGGUGAGAAGAAUUGGUUCCACUCUACCACUCAAACCACCCCCUCGUGCAUGUUUUCAGGAACUGCCAGGGCUUCCCCCCUUGAGACCCUCGGAUGGUCCUAUGGUGCCCACCCUGGCCGACAUUGCAUGGCUUGUAGCUGAUGAAGAGGAAACCUAUGCUAGAGUUCGGAGCGACGCUCGUCCUCUGAGGCAUGAGUGGAGGCCCACACCUCUCCUGGUGCUGCAUAGGAACUCUUCGGUGCCCAACUUUCGUCCGACGGGCAAACGCAUGGAGGGUCUCAGGAAGCCUGGAGUGACGGCCCUCAAUCGUACCACCGCGCUGCAAGAUGAGCUCAGCAAGUUGCGGUCACAGAUUGCCAAGAUUGUGGCUAAUGAAUCAGGUUCCAACCCCCUGACACCAGACCUCCUGUCCCCUGAUGACACGAGUGUGGGCUUUUCCAUGGCUCCGUUCGAGACGGCUGCCUUCCAGCCCAACCCCACUGCAUCCUUCGUCAUCAGCGACGUCACUGAGGAGGACGAAGAGGAAGACGAGGAGGAAGACCAAGAUGAUGAGGAAGAGGUGUCCGAGCUGGCGCCCGACCCCAUGCCUCCUGUGUCCAUGACUGCUUCGGCCACCUUUGACCUCGACAGGCCUAGUAUGGACUUUAGGGAGGCAGAGGAGGACACAGUGUCGCUGUCCAAGUCAACAAGUUUUGCCGAUGUCAGGGACAUCUUGAAGGACAUGAACCGUAUGAAGAUGAGCAAGGACAGUAGAUACAAUCGGGGAUGUACCUCUCUGAGAGAGGAAGAUUCUGCCUCCCUCAUCUCUGAGAUCUUGAGGAAGAAAUUUAUACUGAAGGAUGAAGACACCGCUCCAAUGAAGUAGUCUGUGUCCUUUGCCCUAGAUCACCCUUCUAUGCCCGUGUCUGUUAGCUGUGUUCCCAUAGAAACCCCAUAACUCAACUGACCGUGUCUCCGGCGGGUAGACCGUGGCCCUCUCCUCCCACCCAAGCUCAUGGAUACCGCAGAUGAGCAGAGAGCUUGGACUGCCGCUCUCCUUCCCGUAUCAUCACUCCCGGUCUUGCCUUGCAUACCCUCGGACUGCCGAUUAUCCUUCGAUAGGGAUAAGUCUCACAGAGCCAGUCUUUCAUUGCGUUUGCUGCCCAGCCAUUUGGACUGGAUCCAGUCUUUCCACCUUCUGAUACCCCAUCCCCCAUCAUCCCGUGCAGACUUCUGUCCUGCGUAGCAGUUGCCAAUGCAGAUGCUCUCCUUAGUGCCGGCAAGGUGGUCUGGACAGAAGAGACCCAUCUGAGGUUGAGGAUGACCUACAGAAUCAGAGACUGAUGCCUGGAUGAAUCCUUCCCCCCCCCCCCUUCUUUUUGUUUUUCCUUCAGAAUGGGAAGAAUGCCUUCUUGCCCUAUUUUGCCUCUAGUAUGUCAUUUUAUUUGUGAAGUUCCUUUUUUUUAAAAAAAAAGAAAGAAAGAAAAAUGCAAAACACACACACACCCGUACUUGAAACUGUAUAUAGAAACAGGCUGUCUAGAGUGUAGUCACAAAUGAUGAGUGUGAUGAUGCUAUAUCCUUUGACCCUUUGUUCAGCCACAGUGAGUUUGUCUGCAAACGAUGCAUAUACAUUUUAAUACAAUCUCCAUUACUCUAUCCCUCAUUUGGGACAUUUUCUACAUUAUUAUUCUUCAUAUGCACUCUGUUUGGACCCUCAAGGCUUACGGUUAAACCUUUGACAUUUUAAGCAUUUGCUGCCUAUAAGAACUCAAACCUUGACAGUGAGACGUAGUACAGGGCAACAGUGAAAUGUGACCCAUAUCGUUUGCUGUGGCGUUUGCAAAGAAAAUAUGAUUUUUGUUGUAUUUUUUUGGCUUGAGUUUUGCAGAUGAUAUAUGUAUAUAUACAUAUACACACCUACUGUAAAGAGGGAAUGAAGUGUCAUUUGUUUUUAAAAAAGUGCUGCUGUCAUGCUGCCUGAGUCAGCCUAGGGGAUAUAUUUGUGGAAACUGGGGGGGUCUUUUUUUGUGUGUGGUUGAUUUGUAGGCAAAACUGCAUGUGUGCCAUGACUUCAAGAAAAUGUUGAGAGAGACUGAAUAUAAAAAAUCCUGUGUAGUUUGUGUGUGUGUCUGCUCUGUUCUGUUGUUGCCUUACUUCAGAAGCUGUUGCCUAUUUCCAUAUGAUAUGACUGCUGUUUGAUUUAGUGGUAACCUUUUGAGAUAUGACAUUUAUGACUUGAGCCCUUUGCCCUCUAUUCGACUCUCAUUAGAGAACACAAGUCAUCUCACACCAACAACAUGGUUUAGUUUGUUAAAAAUAAGUAGUCACUAUGGCAUUUCUGUAUGGCAACGAGGAACGACAGCACCCACAGAAUAAAGCUACCUUCUACAACAUGUUGAGGGUGUUUAGCUAGAGCAAUAGUGUUGUCCCAUACCUACACAUGAAAUAUGCUCGUUAUGCACCUCCACCUGCCAAUCUUGACCUUUCAUCAAACCUGACGGGUGAAGUUGAGUUGUUACUUAACUCAAGUUUGAUGGAUCUCAGUAGAGAGUUGCAUAAAUCUGAAUUAGCUGAAAAACAUUUAUCAAGCUGGUUUAUCCAGAAAAUGAAUGGACCUAAAACAAGUGUACUGUGCAAGUCCUCAGGGGUGUACAUGAAAGCACCAUUGUACCAAAGCAGUGAGUGAAGCAUUAUGUAAAGUGACUGAGAUUCCCAUGACAAGUUCUGAAUGGAGAACAUGGCCUGGAGUCCUCUGUCAUGGGUUGUCAUAGAAAGCGGUUAUAUGCAAACACACAUUACGUAAACUUCAUGAGCAGUCUGCGUUUGAAUUUCAGUUAUUUCUGGAUAUCUAAGAGAUGAAAAUCCAUCAUUUCUCUCAGUAAAAGGCAGGCGUGAGACUGCUGGAUUAUUUUAACCAGGCAUGUCCUUUUUUAAUUUCAUCAUGUUGGUUUAAUACCAUGGUUCUUUCAGGAUGAAAGAUAACUAGGAACUUGAAAACAACGAUUUUGGUGUCUAAUUGUAGGAUGUUAUGAUGGCAAGAAGCAAAGCAAUAUCAAGGUCUCUCAUAUUUUCCAAGACUACUCAUGAAUUUUUUCAAGUGUUUUUUGCUUUGUAAUCAUGAUUUAAGUAUGUUCUACAUGAUUUUGUGCCCUGGCCGAUACCUGUUAUCUUUUUACAGGUAAUGAAGCGUGAAUUUGUUUUGUUUAGUCAAUGAUAGAAAAUGUUGCUGUAAAUGUUGCAUUUGUGGGUAAAUAAAAUGGGUUGUUUUAAUUCA